AUGGCAGGGAACAUCCUCAUUGUUAUGGUAGUUAUGGCUGAUCAGCACCUUCACACCCCCAUGUACUUCUUCCUGGGGAAUUUGUCCUGCUUUGAGAUCUACUACACCUCCACCAUCCUGCCCAGGAUGCUGGCCAGUCUCUUGACUGGGGACAGAACCAUUUCAAUCAGAAACUGCUUCUUGCAAUAUUAUUUCUUUGCUUUCCUGGUACUUGCUGAGUGUUAUCUCUUAUCUGUGAUGUCUUAUGAUCAGUAUUUAGUCAUCUGCAAAGCACUGCGUUAUGCAGCCCUUAUGAAAGGCAAUGUCUGUGCCAUGCUAGCAGCUGCUUCUUGGGUAAGUGGGUUUCUGGCUAGCACCAUAAUCACCUCCCUGAUAUCCCAAUUCAUUUUCUGCGGCCCCAAUAAAAUUGAUCAUUUCUUUUGUGAUUUCAACCCAAUAAUAAAACUGUCCUGCAGUGACACGCAUCUGGCUGAACUCGCCAUCCUCAUUCUGGCCUCAAUAUUCACCCAGCUCCCAUUCCUUACCCUGACGUGUUAUGUUUAUAUCAUUCUCAGUAUCCUGAGAAUCCCUUCCACCACCGGCAGGCAAAAGGCCUUUUCCACCUGCUCCUCUCACCUCGUCGUGGUGACAAUUUUCUAUGGGACCAUAAUUAUUGUGUAUCUGCUCCCCAAAACCAACACACUGAAAGCCCUGAACAAAGUGUUCUCGGUCUUCUACACUGUUCUGAACCCCUGGUCAAUGCACUCAUCUACAGCCUGA